UUAUUGGCAUGGGUGGGGCUAGAGCUCCUUUUAUAUACAGUCUAGAUGGGCGUUGCCCACUUUGUUUUGCUCCUUGUCCAUGGAGCUGAGGGAGUACUUGUGAAUGUUUCUAUCAAGCGCUGAGUGCAGACUGUACAAGCUGACCUAGACACCCAGAUUUGCCAUGGCUACAUUUUCGGAACCACUGAAGGCAAUAGAGGCAAUCGACUACUUUCUAGUAUUGGAUUUUGAAGCAACAUGUGAGAAUAAAGUGAAAAUGAAACCUCAAGAGAUAAUAGAGUUUCCUGUCCUCAAGGUCAAUGCUAAGACAUUGAAAACAGAGAGCAUAUUCCAUACCUAUGUUCAGCCGACUGCUAACCCUGUACUUACCAGGUUUUGCAUUGACCUUACUGGCAUCACUCAGGAAAUGGUAACUGGCCAGCCGAUCUUGAAAGAAGUGCUGGAGGAUUUCCAUAAGUGGAUGAGAGACAAUGGCUUACUAACGCGUGAUGUAAAUUCUUGUUUCGUCACCUGUGGUGAUUGGGAUUUGAAAACCAUGCUACCUAGCCAGUGUAGGCACUUUAAGUUGCCGUUUCCAGAUUACUUUCUCAAGUGGAUCAAUAUCAAGGAUUUGUAUUCUCGUGUAACCAAAGAAAGAGCAACUGGUAUGCCCGGCAUGCUCAGAGGGCUAGGAUUGGAGCUGGAUGGACGUCACCACAGUGGGAUUGAUGACAGCAAAAACAUUGCCAAGAUUCUAGCUAAAUUGAUCGAACUUAAUUUUUCUACCCAGCCUACUGCAGAAUAAUUAUUACUAGAUAGGAAGAUCUACAUGUAAUAAUGUUUUUAAAUUAUUAGACGUCUAGACGUCUAGGCCAUAGUAGUUUUUCAA